CGUUGCUCAUAGAGCGGAGAGCAGGGAGAGCUGUACUUAGCCUGCCAUUGCUGCACACCGUCCGAGUGAUGCCCACUCUUCCCAACUUUUCAUCCAGAGGUUAGCAACGAAACGUCAAAGCAAGGUGGUCUUAUUUCCCCUUUUUUUUCCACCCGAGUUUCUUCCAUGACUCGAUACCUGACCGGACUACCGUUAACGUUUCAGGCAGCGACGAUAAGAUAAUGGACUUUGGACUUUCCACAGGGCUUUUCGUGACAUGGUCCUCGUCGUCCUGGAUAAAAUAAAAUAACAACGUAGCCCGGCGUGGCGGCAGCUGGGCGAAAAUUCAACUGGAAGGGAAGGGAAGGGAAAUACCGCUCUCUCCCCAAGUGAUUAUCAAAACAAAGACACCGACAACUUUUAACCCGUCACCUUUGAAGCGGAAUAAGAGUUUAAAAUGUCCUCCAAAGCGGCAAAUAAGAGUGCAGCGAUGGAGGAAACUGUCAUAUGGGAACAGCACACAGUGACCCUUCACAGGGCCCCAGGAUUUGGGUUUGGUAUUGCCAUCUCAGGUGGGCGAGACAACCCUCAUUUCCAGAGUGGGGAGACGUCCAUUGUGAUAUCUGAUGUGCUGAAAGGAGGUCCUGCAGAGGGACUGUUACAAGAAAAUGAUCGAGUGGUGAUGGUCAAUGCCGUCUCUAUGGACAACGUAGAGCAUGCCUACGCAGUGCAGCAGCUCAGAAAGAGUGGCAAAAAUGCAAAGAUAACUAUUCGUCGUAAAAGGAAAGUGCAGAUCCCUGUUUCUCGACCCGGGGACAGGGAGACAAUGUCUGAGCAUGAGGAAGAGGACAGUGAUGAGGAUGAUGGCUAUGAGCACCACAGUGGGCAUGAGAGCCAAAGUGCCUAUGCAGGAGCAAGCGGCAGCACGGGCACCGGCAGGCGUCACGAGCGUGAGCGUAGCAGCAGCGGCAGGAGGGAUCGCAGUGCCUCGCGGGAGAGGAGCGUCUCACCGCGCUCCGAUCGACGAUCACAAGCCUCCUCUGCUGCACCAAGGCCUGCAAAGGUCACCCUGGUCAAGUCCCGCAAAAAUGAAGAAUAUGGACUGCGGUUGGCCAGCCACAUCUUUGUUAAGGACAUCUCUCCUGAGAGCCUUGCUGCCAGAGAUGGAAACAUCCAGGAGGGAGACGUUGUGCUUAAGAUCAAUGGCACAGUCACAGAGAACCUAUCACUAAUAGAUGCCAAGAAGCUGAUCGAGAGGUCAAAAGGCAAGUUGAAGAUGGUGGUGCAGAGAGAUGAGCGCGCGACGCUGCUCAACAUUCCCGACCUUGAUGACAGCAUCCCAUCAGCCAAUAACUCAGACAGAGACGACAUUUCAGAAAUACAUUCACUGACAUCCGACCAUUCCAAUCGAUCCCACGGGCGAGGGAGUCGAUCGCGUUCGCCUGACAGGCCUGAACCAUCAGACCUUCCCCGUCACUCACCUCGGCAGAUCAGCAAUGGCAGCCAUCGAAGUCGAGAUGAGGAACGCGUAUCCAAACCAGGGACCAUGUCCACACCAGUCAAAAACUCUGAUGAUGGCAUCUUGUCACAGGCCAGCGACCAGGCCGGUUCCAGAGAUGACAAACAGUUACCACCGCUGCCUGAACCAAAGCCAGUUUAUGCACAGCCUGGUCAGCCUGACGUGGAUCUGCCUGUCAGCCCCUCCGAUGCCCCUGUACCCAGCGCUGUUCAUGAUGACAGCAUCCUCAGGCCGAGUAUGAAGCUGGUCAAGUUCAAGAAGGGAGAGAGUGUCGGUCUACGGUUAGCAGGAGGGAACGACGUGGGCAUUUUUGUGGCAGGUGUUUUGGAGGACAGCCCUGCGGCUAAGGAAGGGCUGGAGGAGGGAGACCAGAUUCUCAGGGUGAACAAUGUGGACUUUGCAAACAUCAUCCGGGAGGAGGCUGUGCUGUUUCUGCUAGAUCUCCCAAAAGGAGAAGAAGUUACUAUUUUGGCCCAAAAGAAGAAGGAUGUGUAUCGGAGGAUAGUGGAAUCAGACGUUGGAGACUCCUUCUACAUCCGGACACAUUUUGAAUAUGAAAAAGAGUCACCAUACGGGCUGAGCUUCAACAAGGGCGAGGUGUUUCGUGUAGUAGACACGCUCUACAAUGGCAAAUUAGGCUCCUGGCUCGCUAUUCGAAUUGGCAAGAACCACCAAGAAGUGGAAAGGGGCAUCAUACCCAACAAGAACAGAGCUGAGCAGCUCUCCAGCGUGCAGUACACCCUCCCUAAAACACCAGGGGGCGACAGAGCGGACUUCUGGAGAUUCCGAGGAUUGCGAAGCUCCAAGAGGAAUUUGCGUAAGAGCAGGGAAGACCUGUCAGCCCAACCAGUUCAGACCAAGUUCCCCGCUUAUGAGAGGGUGGUGCUUAGGGAAGCUGGGUUCCUGAGGCCUGUGGUUCUCUUUGGGCCGAUAGCAGACGUGGCCAGAGAGAAACUGGCCAGGGAAGAGCCAGACAUAUUUGAACUAGCAAGGAGUGAAGCCAGGGAUGCAGGAACCGACCAGAAGAGCUCCGGCAUCAUUCGCCUGCACACCAUCAAACAGAUAAUUGACCGGGACAAGCAUGCAGUGCUGGACAUCACCCCGAAUGCAGUGGACCGUCUGAACUACGCUCAGUGGUAUCCAAUUGUGGUGUUUCUCAACCCAGACACAAAGCAGGGUGUGAAGACUAUGAGGACCCGCCUCUGCCCCGAGUCUAGGAAGAGUGCCAGGAAGCUUUUUGAACGAGCCCACAAAUUAAGGAAGAACAACCACCACCUCUUCACCACGACUAUUAACUUGAACAACAUGAAUGACGGUUGGUUUGGAGCGCUGAAGGACACAAUCCAGCAGCAGCAGAACCAGCUGGUGUGGGUUUCAGAGGGCAGGCUGAUGGGGCAGCCGAGGAUGACUUGGGACAUCCACGACGACCGGCUGUCUUACCUGUCGGCUCCAGGCAGUGAGUCUUCCAUGUAUAGCACCGACAGCCGCCACACCUCCGACUACGAGGACACGGACACAGAGGGCGGCGCUUACACCGACCAGGAGCUGGACGAAACGCUCAAUGAUGACGUGGGUCCACCCACGGAGCCUGCCAUCACCCGCUCCUCUGAGCCUGUUCGUGAGGACCCGCCUGUCAUCCAGGAGCCCCCUGGCUACGCUAGCUACCAGCACACAGUGCAGCCGGACCCCCUGAACCGCAUCGACCCGGCUGGAUUCAAGGCACCCGUUCCGCAGCAGAAAGCAGAGGCCGCUGCCGUCCCUAGCGUCCCCCAGCAGCCUGAGCCCUUGGCUGAGACAGUGCCCCCUGCUGUCGACGUAACUGUAAAAACUGUAGGGGGUCUGAGCCCUGACGAGCCUCCUGCAGCUCCUCACAGCCAGCCAAGCCCCAACCCAGAGGCUGGCUCACUUAGGAGGCCCACCCCUGAGCUAGCUCCUCAGAGCGUCACACCAGAACCUCUGCAAUCUGGACUGGCCAGUUCAGAACCAAAGAUGUUUCAGAAGGAUCCAUACAGCGUAGACAACACAGGGAGAAUCAAUCACAGCAUGAAGCCUGUGACUUACAACCCUCAGCAAGGAUAUCACCCUGACCAGCAGCCAUACAGAGAUUAUGACCAUCCGCCCAGUCGGUAUGAUGUCAGCAGCAGUGGAGUCAGCAGCGGAGGUGGUUACCCAGAACCAAAGCACAGAAACUAUGACUCUAACAUGGCCUACGAGAACAGUGUGCCUCAUUACGAUCAGCAGUGGAACCCCUACAGCCAACCACUCUCUACUGCCAACUCCCAGGGCUACGACCCCCGUUUGCCGUACGCUGACGGCCCAGACUCCCAGUACACCCCUCCUCUCCGCUACGACGAGCCCCCACCUCAGCAGGGAUUCGACGGACGGCCUCGCUACGGUAAACCAACAGGUCCAGGUCCUGUCCGCUAUGAUGAUCCUCCACCUCCUGCUUCAGAGGCGGACCUGCAUUACAACCAGGAUUCUCACCUGAGCAUGUACCCUUCAGCUGGCCACUCCCCAGACCCCGCUGCUCAGCGGCCCACGUAUAACCAGGGACCAACGCCGCAACAAAAGAGCUACAAACCUCAGCAGUAUGACCCUGUUCCUGUGAACUCUGAAACCAGCCCCACACCACCUCCCAAAGCAGAAGCCCCGUCACCGUCUUCUGCCGAGGCGCCACAGUCUUUCCCCGCCAGAAACGAGCCACAGGAUGACCCCGCCAUGAAGCCACAGUCGGUCCUGACAAGAGUCAAGAUGUUUGAGAACAAACGCUCAGUGUCCGUGGAUAGAGCCAGAGAUGCAGGGGAUUCAUCUGUGAGCAAGGCAGCUGAUUUACCUUUGAAAGCAGGCGGAGUAAUCCCAAAAGCAAAUUCCCUGAGCAACCUGGAUCAGGAGAAGACCUUUAGAACCCCGGGGCCUCAGCAGCCUCCGUCCCAGGUAGCUGAUGACAUUGUGCGCUCCAACCAUUACGAUCCUGACGAGGACGAGGACUACUACAGGAAACAGCUGUCUUACUUUGACAGGCUCCAGACCGGUCCUAACAAACCCCAGCCACAAGCACCAAUGACUAACAACUACCCCAGGACGGAGUCAGUGGAGAAACCCGUUCCAGUGGAGAAGAAAUAUGAACCAGUUCCCCAGAUGAUGCCUUCUCUGCCACCAGCCAUACUGCCCAAACCUGCACCUGAAGCCAAACCUCCUGGCCGAGACGACACUGUCCAGACCAACUUCCUGCCUCACAAGAGUUUCCCUGAGAAGUCUCCAGUUAACGGCACUAGUGAGCAUCCUCCAAAAACAGCUCCACCAGCAACGAGCUACAACCGCUACGCACCCAAGCCCUACACCACGUCAGCCAAGCCUUUUGCACGCAUGUUCGACAGUCCUAAAUUCAACCACAACCUGCUGCCCAAUGAAAAGCCUGACACUGCUCCAAAGGUAAGCAGGCCGGAGCACCAGCCCAGUGAGGCCUCCGAUAGCCCCUCAGCCCACAACACAGACCCCGACAGUGGCCUGGACACUUUCACACGCACUAUGGACCACCGCUCCAAACACCAGCACAACAACAUUAACGCUGUGCCCAAGGCCAUCCCUGUGAGUCCUAGUGCCCUGGAUGAUGAUGAGGAUGAAGAUGAGGGCCACACAGUGGUGGCAACAGCUCGAGGUAUCUUCAACUCUAACGGUGGCGUCCUGAGCUCCAUUGAGACAGGCGUCAGCAUUAUAAUCCCACAGGGUGCGAUCCCUGAAGGUGUGGAGCAGGAGAUCUACUUCAAGGUCUGCAGAGACAACAGCAUCCUGCCGCCACUCGACAAGGAGAAAGGAGAGACUCUGCUCAGCCCUCUGGUGAUGUGUGGACCUCAUGGCCUCAAGUUUUUGAAGCCUGUGGAGCUGCGCUUACCUCACUGUGCGUCUAUGACCCCUGAUGGUGACCCAAAAAGCUGGCAGAACAAGUCUCUCCCCGGAGACCCCAACUACCUGGUGGGAGCCAACUGUGUUUCUGUGCUCAUUGACCACUUUUAAGGACGGACCAGCAGGUGUGAUGUUACUGAAUGUGGAACCACGGGGUGUAAACUGAAGAGGAUGGACACACAUACACACACACACACACACACACACUGACGGAUGCACUCCAAACACACACACACAAACACCAUAUAAUGGAAUAUGAAGAAGAUCUAGUCAGUGCUGUUUACUGCACCCUUGGAUGAAGGCGAGACACCGAUGAUGGUUACAAGCUGUUCUUUAAACUCUUUCCCCAUUUUGAAGUUUUGAUGUGAAACGAAACCAUGGAUGCAUGCGCCAUGCCACUGAGGAUUGACACUAUAUACAAGGCGAUGUUUAAUGUAAUUAUUACAUGAAUAUAGAUGAGGCUUUUGAGGCAGCAUAAAUGCGUCAAAGGUCUGUGUUGGUAUAUUUAUGCUAUAUAUGCAUACAGUAUAUAUAGUAGUAUAGAGAAGAUUUACUAAAAUUGAAGUCAAUUAACAGUCAACAUCUUGUUGUUUUUCAGUUCAGGUGACUGAAUACAAACAUGUAUCUCCACAUUUUUUUCUCCACAUUGAAGACAUUUUAAUGAAGGUUUGAGAAAGAAGUGAGGUUAAAUUAAACCAGGGACGGUGACGACGUCAUUUGAAGAAGUUGGCCAAACAUGAGCUGGACAUGAACCCAAGCAGCACACUUUUUAGAGACGUUCUUCCCGUAUUCUUCCUUUUCCUUCCGUGAUAUCUUGUAGCUUAAUUUCUUCCAGAGACGCGUCUCUCCUUCCAGCCUGAGGGAGAUCUAUGCAUGUUCUUAACUCAGGUCCAGUAGCCUCCUCAGUUCCUUCAUCGCUCUCUAUCUCGUCUUCUCUGUGCACUCACACACAAAUAAGCAGUGAUGCCUUAUCUGCAGAUUAUUCACUUUUCAUUAAGUAAAACAAAAUAAGUUAUGAUAAAUUAUGGUAUAAUGUCAUUUGUUUUGCCAUUUUUUGUGAACCUUCUGUAUAAAUGAACUUGGGUUUAGCACACAAUAACAAUUUAUAAAGGAUAACAAAAGGUAUGCUCUUCUUUUAUCUGCUAUGCAUUACUAAAAAAAAAAAAACAGGAAAGAAGUGGCUGUAAAUAAAGCUAGCAUAUUGCCUUGUUUCUUUUGUUUGUAAAUGAACUUUUUGUAUGUCUUUCUUUUUUGUACAAAACUUAGAGAAAACAUGUUUUAAAAAGUGGAAGACAGUGAACGUGGUUAUCUUUGUAUUCUGGAUAUAACCUCAAGCCUUGGAACUU